GACGCGAUUUGUAUACAGUUUUGAUUACAAUUCUUUUUGCGCUGCUUGCGGUUUUGUUGAUACGCUGGGCGACAUAGGCAUUGAGUCGGCAUUUUAUUGAUUACAUAUGGCAAACUGGCGCUUGGCACGCAACGCCGGCCCCCAAACCAAGGACAUAAACGACCCCCAUAUGGACAGGCGACAUUAACGUGUUUUGUUUGGAUUUCGUGUGUGUGUUUGUUUGUUUGUGGAUGUUGAUUUUUGUAUUUGGCGAAUCAAGACCAAAACGACGGUUGAGCCGCUCAAAUUGUGUUUGUUGUUUUAGUUAUCCCUCGGCCAUUCACUCAGUGCCGUGCAUGUGUAAAACUCGCAUUUAACGCGUGCGUUUGUGUGACUAACCCAAAGCAAUUACCAUUAGCAUAACUAAUUCAUAUUUCAUAUCAAAUUGAAAACAAAUAAUUCAAACAUGUCGACUACAGUGAAUACUAAUUCCGAGUCCGCGGCCAAUGGCCGCUCCGAAACCGAUCGCAUUUCCUCCCUCGAGCUGCAGUCGAGCAAACGGAUGCUGUAUUUCAGCGAUGGCGUCAUGGAGGAGCCCUCCUCCAGCGAUAGCGACGGCGAGCCGGACGUGCCCGAUAAGGGUUACGAUGCCCAAUUGGAGCGCGAACUGCCGCUCGGGCCGCGCCUACGUUACAAAGCCACCAAGGUGGGCCACAAUAUAUUGGCCGGCAUUGAUUACGUUGGCGGCGGCCUUGCCUCAUUCCUGGGCAUUACAAACUCGAAGUAUGCCAGCGAACUUAAAUACCAUCAGCGUGCCAAGGAGCAGGCCGAGGCCGAGGCCGCGACCGACGAGGACCUUGAUAAUUGGCAAGCGAACGGCAACGGGAGAAGUGGCAACAACAACAACAAUCGAGGCGAUACAAUUGUGGUUUGUGCACCCGCUCGACGCGACGUGACCGCAGCGUUGCCACCCAGUCGACAAUAAUACUUGAACUAGCGAUGAACUCCAUUUGCGGCAGCUCAAAUAUAAGAGAAACGCAGAAGUCGUAUAAGACACGAAAAUGCUCAUCAGGUAAAAUUGUAAAAAGAAAAUUGUAUAUACCAAAAA